CCUCGCGCCUGUUUUGUGGCCUGAGUUGUCUGUCGAAAGGAGAGCUUACUGGUUUUGUCAGUAGCUGUGUCUUUUAUUACAAGUUCUGAGUCUUAGGGAUCCAUCUUGCUGGUCCGCGGUCCAAGAUGGACAAAGUCUGUGCGGUUUUUGGAGGCUCCCGGGGGAUCGGCAGGGCAGUAGCCCAGCUAAUGGCCCAGAAGGGUUACCGUCUGGCGAUCGUCUCCAGAAACCUGGAAGUGGCCAAAGCCACCGCCGGCGAGCUCGGCGGAAACCACUUGGCAUUUAGGUGUGAUGUUGCCAAAGAACAAGAUGUUCAGAGUACAUUUCAAGAGAUGGAGAAAUAUUUAGGUCCAGUAAAUUUCUUGGUAAAUGCAGCCGGUAUCAACAGAGACAGUCUUCUAGUAAGAACAAAGACUGAAGACAUGGUCUCUCAGCUGCACACUAACCUCCUGGGCUCCAUGCUGACCUGUAAAGCUGCCAUGAAGACAAUGAUUCAGCAGGGAGGGUCUAUUGUUAAUGUGGGGAGUAUUAUUGGUUUGAAAGGCAACGUGGGCCAGUCUGCGUACAGCGCCACCAAAGGAGGGCUCGUUGGGUUUUCACGAUCGCUUGCUAAAGAGGUUGCACGAAAGAAAAUCCGAGUGAAUGUGGUGGCACCAGGACUUAUUCGCACGGAUAUGACAAGACACUUGAAAGAAGAACACUUCAAGAAAAACAUUCCUCUUGGGAGGUUUGGAGAAACUCUUGAGCUCAGGGUCUCCAGCCAGGCGCCAGACAAGGACUUUCCCACUGAGCUUCCUCAGCCUGCACAGCACUGGUCUUAGAAAAGAGUAUUUGCUUGAGAACAGAAAUGAAGACACAGAACUGAUUGCAAAUAUAGAUAGAAUCCCUUUUGCCUUGACCUUUGUGGGGAAUAAUAGGCUAUUUCUAUAUACUGGAUUCAUGCUGUUUUUAUUUGCCAUUGUUGAAAUGCCCUUAAUAUUUCAUUUUAAAAAGUAAUGUUUUGGCCAGACGCUGUUGGUACACACCUUUUAUUUCAGCACCUGGGAAGCAGAAGCAGGUGAAUCGCUGAGUUCAGGACAGCCAAAGCUGCACAGAGAAACUCUCUCUCGAAAAACAAACAAACAAACAAACAAACAAACAAGUGCCUAUAAUCUCAGCUACUUGAGCAGCUAAGGAAGAAAUAUAGCAAACUCAAGGACAGCCUGGGUUACACAGUGCAAGGACAGCCUGGGUUACAUAGUGCAAGGACAGGCUGGGAAAGUUAGCAAGACUUUUUCAAAAUAAUUAAUACAUUUUAAAACGGACUGGUGAUGUGGUAGAGUGCUUGCCCAGCAUGAACAAGUUCCCAGGUUCAGAUGAGAACAGAACAAAACUCAGUGAUCCAGGAUUCGUCGAACUACAGUUUUGAAGCAGAACAUUAUCUAAACAGAGAUUUAAUUAUAUAUUGAAGGUCAACUCAAACAUGUGAAUAAGCUGUACUAAUAAAUUCAGAAUAACUGUCAUAAAUUAAAAGCCAUGUACUAAAUACAGAGCCCUUUAUCUCUGGCCUCCUCCUCUCUUUACUCGGUUUAUUAGCCUUUGGGUUUUUCAGUUCUGGGCUUUGGGUCUGCCUGCCGAGUCAGUGCUGUACCGUGGGUUCCAUGUGCAGCAUGCUUCAGGAUAAGAAAUGUGUGCCAUCGGUGCCCUUUGUAUUGCUGAACGAAUGGCCUGCCCGCUAAGUGUAAGCCAUGGUGACUGGGGAGUGUUCAGGUGUU